GUAUGCCAAACUGGCCUGCAGUAAAACUCAUCCUUGUGGACACCCCUGUGGAGGAGUCAAGAAUGAGGAGGCCUGCCUUCCAUGUCUGCAUGGCUGUGACAAGAACACUGGCUGCCUGAAACAGGAUGCAGAUGACAUGUGUAUGAUCUGCUUCACAGAGGCCCUCUCUGCUGCUCCUGCUGUACAGCUGGACUGCACUCAUGUGUUCCACCUUCAGUGUACUCGUCGUGUUCUUGAAAAUCGCUGGCUCGGGCCCCGAAUCACGUUCGGCUUUAUGUUGUGUCCCAUUUGCAAGAACAAAAUCAAUCACUCUGUGAUCAAGGACCUGCUCGAUCCAAUUAAGGAGCUCUAUGAGGAUGUGAGGAGAAAGGCUCUAAUGAGGCUGGAGUAUGAGGGUCUACAUAAGAGCGAGGCAAUAACUACACCAGGAGCACGUUUCCACAACGACCCUGCAGGCUUUGCCAUGAACAGAUAUGCAUACUAUGUCUGCUACAAGUGCAAGAAGGCCUAUUUUGGAGGAGAGGCUCGUUGCGAUGCAGAGGCAGGACAGGGAGAUGACUACGACCCCAGUGAGCUGAUCUGUGGAGCGUGCUCAGAUGUCUCCAGGGCUCAGAUGUGCUCCAAACAUGGCACAGACUUCCUGGAGUAUAAAUGCAGGUACUGCUGCUCAGUGGCUGUUUUCUUCUGCUUUGGCACCACACACUUCUGCAACGCCUGCCAUGAUGACUUCCAGAGGAUGACCAGUGUCCCCAAGGAGGAACUUCCCCAUUGUCCUGCAGGACCCAAAGGCAAGCAGCUGGAGGGUACCGAAUGCCCUUUGCAUGUGGUUCACCCACCAACGGGGGAGGAGUUCGCCCUGGGCUGUGGGGUUUGCAGAAAUGCCCACACCUUCUAAACAACACAAGCCUUUUACUGAAAACCAGUUUGUCUACUGUGAUUUCCAGCUGCUGCUGAAGCUCAGCCGCGAAGCUUGGCUCUUGCAUUGUCAAGUCUCCUGGACGCUGAACCAGGUUUUUGCUCUACGCCAAGAGUCCUCAGGUCUGCUCUUCUACCAACAUCAGUAUCCAGGCUCUGCUACAAACACGAGCUGUGGCUCCUUUGGAUUCAGAGUAACCUGAAUGGGGAAAAAAUGAACAAUAGAAUUUUAAAAAAGAAGAAAAAAAAAGAAAAUAACUUGUGACGUGUUUGCAUGCGGCCGUUGUAUUCCCUCGGCUUCUAUAGACGUUGCACACCUGAUCACUGAAGUGUAACAAUACAAGAUUAAACAUUGAAUAUGAAAUAAAUUUGCUUAAAGGCAACUGUGGAUCAGCAUUGGUUUAAAAAAAAAAAAAAAGGAACAGGCCGUAUUUCCAGCUUCCUAACUAUAAAUUUAAAAAUAUUGUUGUAUGUAAACCUUUUUUCGUAAUCUUGUACAGUAUUCUCCACUGUCAAGUGCAUCAUGGGUUGACGGACAAAAAAAAGAGUGGGUGGAAAAGACUGUUAAGAAUAUUAUGUUUGGGAGGAAGGAAAAUAGUGUACGAUUUAUCUAAUCUUGUAUAUAAUGAUACUAUUCAAAAUAGCUGUAUUCCGAAGUUGCUACUCUUCACUUCAAUUUUGUUUGAUAUUCUGGGUUAUGUUUUGAGCCAGAACUUUUAAUGAAGUGCAAUACUGGGUGUGCCUCCUAUUUUGCAGCUGUUAAACCUAUGGAAUGUAUGUCAAUAAAGCCACUGUACAUUUUUUAUACAGUAGACAGUCGUAAUUCCCCCUCUUCUAAAUGUCAGAUCUCUUCUGUUGUCUGGAAAUAAGAAGCCUGGCGCCUGCGAUGAAUGAAGGUGGAUGUCAAUCAUAUUUGCAAAAAAAAAAAAAUGUACCAAAUCCUACAUUAAUACAAAAAACCUCACCGUGAGACGGAUUACAGCUGGAUGAUUUGAGGGGCCAGUCUUCACACCAAAUAAAAUUGUGCACCUAUAAUGCUUUUCCCUAGUAGGAGGCAGGCGGAUUGGGGGGGUCAGGGGAAUGGAGUGCGGAAAAUAAGCAGCUGCUGUUAUAUAAAAAAGCUUAAUACUUGUGAAUCUGCUCUGUAAUAUCUGUGGUGGAUGGAGUUGAAUGGUAAUAAACCAGGUUCUCUGUUUCGCAAAGUA